AUGGCCACGGGAUCUCCAGAGCUGUACGUCCAAUCUUCAAGCAGUUCAGACUCAGAGUUUGAAGGCUCGUGUACCCCAGGGCACCUUUCUAUGUCAAAUUUGCACAUGGACACAACAGAGGCUCAUGUCCGAGAAAUCUACUUCAUCAGUGGAUACACAACAGAAGAUUCUGAGGAUGCUAUCAAGGAACAACUCCAAACUCGUUUCAACUCAUGUGGAACGAUUUCCAAGUUCUUUUUCCCAAAAGACAGUGACACAGGAUCGUAUCUUGGGUUUGAUUCUUUCCUUCAGUUUGGUAUUUGUUUAGUUGAUGUUCAAUACCAGCUCAUAAACUUUUAUUUUCCAUACAGGUUUUGUUACUUUAUCCUGGACGUACCAAAGGAACCAACAACCAACGUGGCUGCUAUAAGUCAAAGUUUGAUGGAAGAUUAUCAUCUUCAUGUGAGGCGUGCUACUUUGAAGACAAGGGUUCUUAGGGCUGAAAUGGCCUAG